CGUUGAUCGUGAUAUUGAGCAUGUAUAUAACCUUUGAAAGGGAGUUCAAUAAAAAUUUGGUUCAUUAGGUGAUGAUAAAUGUAUUCGAAGAAUGAAUUAAAGACGCUUUUUAACGAUCAUAAUGCGCACGAGUCGACAGUUUGACUUGAUAAUUCAAACGAGUCGCAUGCAUCACACGGCUUACUCCGUUCGUUCGAAAGAAGCAAUCAUAUUGGUACUUGACACUCUCCACAUGAAAUCAGAGUCCGUUUGAACCAAGUAUUUGAUGUGAGUGAAUCAUCCGAUCAAAAAUAAUGACAACAACAAAAGCAAGAGCGACCGCAGUAGCUGAAACAACGAAAACCAUAAGCGCCGAACUCUAUGAUAGAGAGAAGAGGUGUCUCGUCAGCUGGUUUUAACUGCCGUAUUUGGUGAGCAAAGUAACAAGUGACAAUAGCCCCGAUACAUGCCGUAAGCGAUGUUAACAUUUUAAACAGUUGUGUUAUAAACGCAGACAGCAGUGGUCGCGCAAUUUUCUUUGCGUGUUUUCGGUCGGUCGGUCAGAUUGCUUGCCUGUUUAGUGUAUUGUUAUUUUAUUCCGUUUCGUUACGUUGCUGCUGCCUUUUUUUCCACGGAUCAUUUUUCCAAGUUCUCAAGCAAGAUCGAUCUUUUGUUUUGCGGUGUGUGUUAAGUGUGUUCUGUGUUGUUCUCGCAUUGAAAAAAAAAACAACAACUACAACUGCCUGAUAACAACAAGAAGAAGCAACAAAAAUAAAAAUCAACAUACACGCCAAUCAGUGUCAACGAGAGAAGUCAACUAAUUUUAAUGUUAAAAGUCACUCGACACUUUUUACUCGAUGUGUUUGCACGAGCAUUCAGAAUAUCAUGGGCAACGAACAAUUCAAAUGAAUAAAUAAGAAUCAUCGAACAAAUCGAAUGCAAAUUAUUUAAUUUUCGGUUCCAUUUUAUUAUUUGUUGUAUUUUCAUUGAUGCCGAUGAAAAUGUGCACGCGUUAGAACAAGACUCAAUCAAACAAUUCUCUAACUGAAACUUUUUUUUUGCAAAUCGCACGCCGAAACUGAAGAUUGUGAUUGAGCGCGAUUGAGAGUGAAUUGAAAGCGAGUUGCGUAAAAGUGUUUGUGUAUUCCUGCUGAGUGUGUGUGUAUGUGCGAUUCCAUGUGGAAAUUCAUGAAAAUUUCUAUCAAUUAAAGGCUGAUUCAAGUUUUAAUAUAUUCACAAGAGUCAAAAACCGAAUGUACAACGGAAUGCUAUCGCGGAAAUAAGACACAAAAUGACUUUGCUAUAUAAAAUAAUUGGGUUCUGCACAUUGUUCCUGCUAAUCAAUAAUUUGUGCAUGGGCAAAAUCGAAUCACGGCUACGCGUUGGCAAAACAAUUAACGUUUUCGUUCGAUAUGGAUAUUUGGGCAUUUCAAUGAAAGUGAUCAGUUAUAAUGACACAGAACGAUGGCUAUUCAAAGAACCCACAUACAAUGUGUUCCGAGGUAUCGAUCAAUUGGUCGAAGCAACGGAAGAGAACCAACCGGGCACAUUUCAUGGUGAUUUUCACAUGGAAUUCUGUGACAAUAAAAAGCAGCUAUUUCAAGCAUACUUUCGCGAUUUCACCAUUGAACGUCUUGAAUACCCUUGGCAGGCUUUCACAGGUGGCUGGCAACCUGAAGUGGCCGCACGUAAAUUGGGUAUAAAUUCGUCAUUCAUCAAAGGUGACUAUUGCUAUGUGUUGGUACGUGUGUCACGUUUUCGUGAAACGGCUCGCCUGGCGAAGCCAAUACCGCCGAAUCAAAUGUUGCACGAAGACGUGUCCGAGAGAAUACAGAACAUGACGCCCGGCAAUUCAACGGAAACGAUACAAUUUAUGGCCAGUUUUGGAACACAUUACAUCAAUUCAUACGUUACGGGUAAUUCUUUAUACCAGGUUUUUGUCUAUUCAAAGCAAAAUUACCAACAUAUCAAAGAUCGUUUGAAAACGCGCGGUGUUGCAGCGUUAUCGAGACUCGAUUUGUACAAUUACUUUGCACCGUGGUAUGCAGAGCAUUUAGGGCAAAUUCGUGCGGCCAGCGGUAAUGGUACGGUCGAAGCAUGGGCACAUCGAAAGCUACGACUAUCAUACUACAUCUUCACUUACGUAAGCCUGCUCAAGUUACACGGCAAUGGCAAUCUACUGCGCCAAUUAGACAAUCUAUUAGGCAAUGAGGCGAUCUUGUCUUUGGAUCUAAAGGCAUUGACAACGCUAUUCAAAGAACCGAAAAAACGCGAAUGGUUUCAAGAAAUCAUUGACAACUACUUGAAAUUGUGGGAAAUUAACAUGUGGUAAUUUGGAUAGAGAGAAAAUUGAAUUGUUUUCAUUCUUAGUUUGUUUGUUUGUUUUGUGCGCGUAGAUGAUCGAUCGCAAAGCCGACGCUUCUGCAGAAUACGAUCGAAUAAUUUAGACCAAUUGAUGAGAAUAGAAUUUUAGAAUUUAAUUAGAUUUAUCUUAAUGCGCACCAAUAUUCAAUUUGUAACUCGAACGUGUCAAAAUAAUCAGUCAAAUUAUUAAGCAGAAGAAAAUAGAAGAAGAGGAAAAACAAAUGACUCUUUUUUGCAAGAGAAAAGGAAAUGUGAACGAAGAUCAAAGACCACGAACGAAACAAAACAAAAAAACACUCUAUAAUUUAUUGCAAAUGUGAUUCUGAAUUGAGUAUUUAUAAUAUAUAUGUAUGUACAUGUACUCUAGUACGAUUUCGUUAAAAAUCGUGUUCAGAGUGUAUCCUAAUUGAUGUAUUAUUGACAUCAGUAGUAGAGAAAUAGUUUAAGGCAUUUCAGAGUGUCUUUCUGUGUAAGUGUGUUAGUGAGUGAGUUUUUUUUAACACGGCGUUCGUGUUUCGGUUCGAUAAGAGUUGCAAAUUCAAUUAAAAUCAUUAUCAUGCACAUCCUAAAUAAUUAAUUCCAAGAAUUUGCUACGUAUUGUCAUCACACUGCGGCGCCCGCAAUGACAAACGACAAUUAAAUAUGACAUUUUGACAUUCAACACUGUUUUCCGCGACACAAAAUAAUGAUUUCAUCAGAGAGAGAGAGAGAGAGAUAGAGAGAGAGAGAGAUAGAGAGAGAGAGAGAGAGAGAGAGAGAGAGAUAGAGAGAGAGAGAGAGAGAGAUAGAGAGAGAGAGAGAGAGAGAGAGAGAACAACAACACGAAUAGAAAUAAAACUUCGAUCACAACAACAAAUUUGUAUCACGUGUCAUAUUCCAGAAUCGUAUAAUUUACACAUGAAAUAAGACUGAAAUCCAACAAUCACAUAAUGCAAAAAAAAAGAACGAAUGAAUCAAACGGAACCCAAGUCAUUUAGCAAAAGAGGAAAAAGUCGUAUGCAAAUGGAAUUAGACAAAAAGAAAAUAAUGUGGCUUUUGUAAUACUGUGAUAAAAAAAACACUAAUUAUAGACAAAUAGUUUAAUUAUAAACUUUGGAUUAGACAUUCUACUUGUAAAUUUUUGAAGCACCAUCAUGCGACAUCAAUUCUUUUUUUCCGGAGUGAACAUUUCAAUGAUACAACAUUGCAAAAUUGAUUAAAUUUUUUUGUCCCUUCAAAAUGACCAUACCCAAUCCGAAUGAAAAAAGUAAACGUAAAACACUCGAAAUGCAGCUUUUUGUGAAGUUCAAUCAAUGCAGUAACGAAAUAUUAAAAAUUCCAAUGAAAUGUGAAAAA